AUGUCGUGGUUUUUUCAAUCAAAAAUAGCGAAAUCACAUUUUUAUGUUUGGUAUUUGGGAUCAAAAGAGGCUGAUGGAGUUAGAGGAAGUGCGGUGAGUCUGAAUGAAACUUUAAAAGAAAAAAUAAAUCUCAAAAAAAACAUUCAGGUUGUUUUACCAGUAAUGAGACAAUUGUUGAAAGAAAGUUUUAAGAAGACACCAAGCAAGGCUACAGUUCAGGUAACUUAGAAUUAUUCUCAAGUUGAAUCAGAAUUUAAAAAAAAACCAAUUAACAUUCUAGAUUUCAUCAAAAGGUUUGAAACUAAUUCAAUCAGUUCCUGCAAUGUCGAGAAGUGGAAAAGUGAAAAUGCAACUAGUCAAAUUUCAAAUCGCUGCAAAUUGCAUAACAUACAGUAUUUGUGGAAAAGCGCCUUUUGAUGAUGUGAUUGGUGUUGUGAUGUUGGUUUUGAAUCCAGAAAUGCAAUCACCAAUGCAUGUUCAUUGUUAUAGAUGUGAUAGUGCUGAAACUGCACAAAUUAUGUUGGCUAAUUUACAAGUGAGUUAUAGAAUUGGGGAUUUUUUCAAAGAUUUUUUCAGUUAUAAGUCUCAAAUGGAAGAACUCUCUCAAUUUUCAUGUUCCUUCCUCUCUAAUUCAAUAAUGUUUCCAGCUUCUUCUUUCACGUCCGGAUGUUCAACGAUCAAUAAGUGAUUUGGAACAUCGACUGUUUUUAUCAGGGUUAUUGGUUCCACGAAUGUAAGUUCCUCUUAUCAUACCUCAUCAAUUAAAUACAAUCAAAUACCUAAUUAUUUUUUUUCCAGAAACAAUAACAAUAAUUCAAGUUCAAAUACCAAUUUAUCAUCAUCUCGCCCACAAAGAUCAUCAUCGCAAUCAAGAUCUGCGAGUAGAUCAACAAUCGGUGAUUUCAGCGAUGUGAAGGAAAUGAUGGCGUAAGUUAGAAAUUCCAUAAUUGUUAAAUAUUCAUUAUAGUGCACCACGUAGAAAUCCUCCAACAAUAUCUCGAAGAGUUGUUGAUGAAUUGAAAAAUCGGUUGAUUGGAGGAGGAAGUGAUGCGAGAAGGGAAAGUUCAAUAACUCGAUAUGAAUCAGAGAAAAGAUCAUCGAUGUCGGAAUUGCCAAUUGAAAAUGAUUCGAGUAGAUAUCGAAUGUUUGGUGAUACAAUGUUACGUGAUUCGAAAUCAAAAUCAAGAAGUUUAGAUGAUUUGGCUGAUCCGAUGGUUUCAACGUUAGUUAUUUUCAAAAUAUGUUAUAUACCAUCAAAACUUCUCAAUUUUCAGAAAUAUACGUGGAAGUGCACUUGGUCCUCCAUCACCUCCUCGACGUUUUCCUCGAUCUGAUUAUGUUGCAGAUCCUUUCGGCCAUAAUUCAUAUGAGCGAACAAACACUUUGGAAGGAUUUUGGAAGCAGAAAAUGAGACGAUCGAGCAGCAUAAAACUCGACUUUUGA